AUGUUCCAACCCCAUGUUGCAGCCCAUGUUUCUCGCCCUUCCUCUCAACGUGUUGCAUCUUCCUCUGCCACUCGCGCUACAGCCGUAACUACUCCUUGCACCACGACUCGAGCUGCUUCCCGUGCUGCCACCCGGUCCGCUUUGGCGCCUCACACUACUGGCAUCACUGCCAACCGCAUCACGAGGAGCACGACCACCCACACCACCGGCGUCACUAGCAUCCGCACCAUCAGCACUACACAUGUCCGCACUAACAGAACCACUGCCGCUCGCAUUACCGACACAACUGCCGCCCGUAUUAUCGGCACAACUGCCGCCCGCAUUACCGGCACAACUGCCGCCCGCAUUACCAGCACAACUGCCGCCCGCAUUACCGGCACAACUGCCGCCCGCAUUACCGGCACAACUGCCGCCCGCAUUACCGGCACAACUGCCGCCCGCACCACCCGCUCCAUUUCCGCCGGCACUACCAGCACCGCUGCCACCCGCACCAAUGGCUCCUCUGCUCCCCGCGCCACUGGUACUUCUGCCACCCACACCAACAGCACCACCGCCGUCCGCGUCGCCGACACCAUUGCCGCCCGCACCACCAGCAGCACUGCAAGCCGCACUGACAGCUUCACUGGCACUGGCAGCACAGUGACUUGUUACGGAGUGGCAGCUGCCUCUGGUGCCACACGGUCCGGCUGGAGCAGUCCGUUUUCAGCUGCGGAUUCGCGCGCCAACGCGUGUAUUGUUGGAGCUGAGAACACGCAUGCUGAGUCAACCUCCUCCUCACACCAGGGGCAGUGA